GGGAGGAGGGGAAAAGAGAUUGAUCGUUUUGAAUUUUCAAGAGAUCAUUUUUAUUACAGUGGGCGUUUGGAAAGCAGGCUCUGAACAUUAUCCACAGAGAAAGGGGGUGGAGGGUAGGGAGUGGAGCGAGAGGCACAGGCUGCUGCGAGAGGAGCCCGGCGGUUGCGCGCUGCUGCUGCUGCUGCUGCUGCUGCUGCGAAGUGUUUUGCAGCCUUGGGGGACGCGCGCGCGCACAUUCCCUCGCUGGCGCUCCCAGUGCACAGGGCUCUUCCUUGCAAAGUUUCGGCUGCCAUCAUACGCCAAGAUUUUCCCGAUCAGCUCCGCCGCUGCAACCUUGAACUUUGGCAACGUGGUUGACAGUACCGUGGUGUAUAGCAGCUUCUACCAAGCAAUUGCAAAUCCGGAACGGGGGGGGGAGGCAGCGCGAGGGAGGAAAAAGUCCUGUGCCCCCCCUUAACUCCCUGCAUUCCGUUCAACCCCCCCCCCGCCCUUUCAUUCUGCCUCCUCCCGCCCCAAUCCACCCACAGCAACUGCAGCCGCAGCGAGACUGAGUCGCCGAGAACAAGAGGGUUAAAAGUGUAGAUUGGAUUUCACCCCGGGAAAUCUAGCGCUCGGAGUGAACUUGAAUCUUUGGCUAUUUAAGGAGGACUGGGGUUUCUUGCAAAGUUGUGGCGAUCCAAGGCAGAGCUCGUUUUUGAUUCGAUCCAUCUUUCCUUUAGCCACAGAUGACUGUAAAAUGAAUAGAUGAAGCCGUUGCCCUUUUGAUACUUUUCUCUCCGCAGAAGUGCAUUCUCAGAGCGAAGUCAUGAUGUAUUCUCCCAUCUGUCUCACUCAGGAUGAAUUUCACCCGUUCAUUGAGGCACUUCUUCCACAUGUCCGUGCAAUCGCCUACACUUGGUUCAACCUUCAGGCUCGAAAACGCAAAUAUUUUAAAAAACAUGAAAAGCGAAUGUCAAAAGAUGAGGAAAGAGCAGUCAAGGAUGAGCUACUUAGCGAAAAGCCAGAAAUUAAACAGAAGUGGGCAUCCAGGCUUCUUGCCAAGCUGCGCAAAGAUAUCCGCCAAGAGUAUCGAGAGGAUUUUGUGCUCACUGUAACUGGGAAGAAGCACCCAUGCUGUGUAUUGUCCAAUCCUGACCAGAAGGGUAAGAUUAGGAGAAUCGACUGCCUGCGACAGGCGGACAAAGUCUGGCGUCUGGAUCUAGUCAUGGUGAUCCUCUUCAAAGGUAUUCCUUUGGAAAGUACAGAUGGAGAACGCCUCAUGAAAUCUCCUCAUUGCACAAAUCCAGCACUUUGCGUUCAGCCACAUCACAUAACAGUAUCGGUCAAGGAGCUUGAUUUGUUUCUGGCAUAUUAUGUGCAGGAUCAAGAUUCUGGACAAUCAGGAAGUCCGAGUCACAACGAUCCUGCCAAGAAUCCACCAGUGUAUCUUGAAGAUAGUUUUGUAAAAUCUGGAGUCUUCAAUGUAUCAGAACUGGUGCGAGUGUCUAGAACGCCAAUAACCCAGGGAGCUGGGGUAAACUUCCCCAUUGGAGAACUUCCAAGUCAACCGUAUUAUCAUGACAUGAACUCGGGAGUAAACUUACAGAGAUCACUAUCCUCUCCACCAACAAGUAAGAGACCCAAAACUAUAUCCAUAGAUGAGAAUAUGGAACCAAGCCCAACAGGAGACUUUUAUCCAUCCCCAAAUUCACCAGCUGCUGGGAGUAGGACAUGGCAUGAAAGAGAUCAAGAUAUGUCUUCUCCUACAAUGAAGAAACCUGAAAAGCCUUUGUUUAGUGCUACAUCUCCCCAGGAUUCUUCAUCAAGACUGGCCACUUUCCCGCAUCAUCAUCCAGGGAUCCCAGGAGUUGCACACAGUGUCAUCUCAACAAGGAGUCCACCUCCGCCCUCACCAUUGCCAUUUCCACCACAAGCUAUUCUUCCUCCUGGCCCGUCUAGCUACUUCUCUCAUCCAACAAUCCGAUACCCUCCCCACCUGAAUCCUCAGGAUACUCUGAAAAAUUAUUCCUAUGACCCGUCCAGUCCACAAACUAGCCAGCCUAACAGCAGUGGUCAAGUAGUAGGGAAAAUGCCUGGCCAUUUUACUCCAGUUUUGGCACCCUCUCCCCAUCACAGUGCGAUGCGACCUGUGACCCUGACCAUGACAGACACUAAACCCAUCACUACAUCCACUGAAGGUGAGGCAACUUCACCUACAGCAACCACCUACACAGCCUCAGGCACUUCCCAAGCCAAUCGAUAUGUGGGACUAAGUCCAAGAGACCCUUCCUUUCUACAUCAGCAACAGCUGAGGAUUUGUGACUGGACCAUGAAUCAAAACGGCAGGCAUUUAUACCCCAGUGCCAAUGAGGAUACAUUGGGAAUUACUUGGCAAAGUCCUGGUACUUGGGCUAGCCUGGUCCCUUUUCAAGUAUCAAACAGGACACCAAUCCUGCCCACAAAUGUCCAAAAUUAUGGUUUGAAUCUAAUUGGAGAGCCUUUCCUUCAAGCAGAAACGAGCAACUAAAGGAGACUGAAACUGAACAAAGUACCAUAAAAGAAAGGAAGAUGGGACAAAAAAAAAACAAAAAACAAAAAAACUGAAGAAAGAAGAAACAUAGACCAGCAAUUGCAGCACUUACAAUCACUAAUUCCCUUAAGGUUGAAACUGUAAAGGUGUUUUUUAAAGAAGGGUCGGCGAUAUUUCACUGAUGAGUAGAAAGAUGCUCCUCCUAAGUAGCCUUUGUUCUAUGAAAUCCACUGGGAAAUAGAUGUUCUGUCUCUGACAAUAUAUUUUAACUGACUUUCUAGAUGCCUUAAUAUUUGCAUGAUAAGCUAGUUUAUUGGUUUAGUAUUCUUGUUGUUUACGCAUGGGAACACUAUUCCUAGUUAGCUCUCAAAACAAAGGCUAGGAGGCAUCCACAGAGGUGCAGGAGAAGGAGAGGCCACCAGCUAGCUUUUCUGAGCACUCUGUUUUCUGAACUUUUCCCCCCCCAAGGAAAACAAUUUAGGUAUCAAUCCACAUUUAUUUAACUUUGUUCCUUAACCCAACCUGUUUCUAGUGUGUUACCCAGUUUGAAGUAUUCAGGAAGAUAUUUAAAUAAAGAGGCAUUUUAUGGAAUCAAUGCCUCACUUUAGGUUUUAAAAAGUGUUAUCUUCUCAUAUGAUAAUAAAAAUUAAAAGAGAAAGACACUUAAAAAGAUGCUACAAAUAAUUUCCCCCACCAAGGAAAACACUUAGAGGCAAGUGCAAUUUUAAAAUGAUAUCUAAAGGGGAUCAUUGUUAUAAGUCCUUUAGCCCUUGGACUCUAAAUUGAGGGGAUUAAAAAGAAGAAGAAGAAUUUCAAAAGUAUUUCAAACAAAUUUAUUUUUCCCUCAUUUUUGAAAGGGGGGCAUUAAAAGGCAUUAAUUAAAUCAAGACAGAUCAUGUACUUGAGGAAAAAAAUGAAUUGAAACAUAGCACUUAUGUUGAUUUAGCUUCUGCCUCCUUUGAUGUAUCUUAUUUAUUUAAAGUUACUGGUUGAAUCAAGAACCCAUAGAGGAUAAGAAAGGUUCUAUAAAAUGUUAAUCACAGAGAGGUAAAUCCAUGUCACAGAGGGCAAAGCUUAUAGUUUACAAAUGGGAAUGCCAGGUUAGUGGGUUGGGGGAGGAAUUGAAACUUAUUUUAAAAUGCACUCUUUUAAAAAGCCUAAUGACAGGGUGCUGAAAACGUGCAUGGUGCUCUCAGAAAUUAGCCUUGUUUGACAGAUGACUCUUAUUAACAAUAACAUGCAUGGGCGGAUACAUUUUGCCUCUAUCUCUUUAAACAAAAAUUAAUUAAAACUACACUAUCCAGUAAUCCUAAUUUGCACGAAGUUAUAAUGUCCACAUAACGUGCCUUGCCUUGAAAUCUAAAAAGUGACAUCACUACACUUGUUUUGCUGCAUUUAUUAUCAUUUUAAAUCUACCAUUUUUAUGACAAAAUAUUUUGUACUCCAGAUGGGAAAAUGAAAAAAAAAAAGUGACAUCGUGGAUUUUUUAAGCAGUUAUAACUUUAUCUCACAUUUAUAAAGCAUAUCAUGGCUGUGUAUAGUUGCCGCUUAAAAAUUGUAAUCGACCAGCAAUAUUUUCAGUAUUUUGGUGUUUUUUCUAUUAAUCUUUCAUGUUUUUCAUCUUCCAAUUAAUAUUGGGGGGAGGGGAUUCAAAUUUAUACGAAUUAUGCAAUACCAAGUUUUGCCUAUGUAGGUAGUGCUUUUAGCUGUAUUGGUUAUUAUAGGUAAGUACACAGAUUUAAGAGACAAAAGAUUAAUGUAUGCUUUUUGUUUGUUUGUUUGUUGUUUGUUUGUUUGUUUUAAUUGACCAAAGUGGGUACUGCUAUUUUUGCAGUGAGAUGAGGUCCUUUUGUGUACUGAGAGAUGGGCAGGGGAUUUUUUUUUAAAUAUACAUACAUAUAUCUAUAUAUGCUGGGGUGGGUGGGGAGGAUUUUUAACACUUGACAGUGUAGCUGUGAAGCAGUGCACCAUUGGCUGGGUGAGGGCUACAAAGCGACUCGUCUGCUUACUGUGAUAAAAAUCUCAAAAAGGUGUCUUCUUUUUAACUUUCCAUCUGGGGUGCAAGCUGAACUCAUUUCUGGUUUUAAAAUAUUGGUAAUAAUGAUAAUGAUGAUAUAUAAUUAAAUGAAUAAAUAAUAAAUUAUGUUGGAGGCAGACUUGACUUGAAGAAAAAUUAUUCUUUUCUGGUUUAAGAUGUCAAAACCCACAGAGAACAAGCUUUAUAUUUUUUGCCCAUAUUUAUAUAUCCACAUACAAGAACCAGGCUACCCAUUAUAAUUACUCAUGUGAAAAGAUGAUUCUUUCAGAAUCCUGGCAUUAUAAAGGACCCUGGAGACCAUCUAGUCUCUUUGCUGAAUGCAGGCUCUAUAAUGUAGUGUAUACCAACAGCAUACCUGACAAAUGGCCAUCCAGCCUAUGCUUAAGUAUCUUAAAGAUAUCCAAUGCCCCCCUCCUCAUAAUAAUGCCUUUAGAGAGCUAAUGUACGUACUCUUCAUGGGUGACAUGGCAUUGUGUAUUUUGCCAGUGGGCAUCUGUGCCUGUAGACAAAAUAUAAUCAGAGAAAAAUUGUGUUUUUUGAAAUGCAGUUUUGAUCUGCCAUCACCAGUUGCACACUUGCAGGCAGCUGUAUCUACUAUAGCAGUAGUUCCCAAACUGGGGUCCCCAGACAUUCUUGGAGUACAGAAUCCCAAAAGCCUUCACCGCUAGCUGUGCUUGCAGUGGCUUCUGGGAGUUGCUGUCCAAGAACAUCUGGGGACUCAAAAUCGGGGACAACUAUAAUAUAGUAAAGUUAUGAAGAAGUAUUGCAUUCAGAUAUCUCCUCCUUAAGAACACUGGUUUGAGGCAAAAUAUCCUGAGAUUAUAUGAAUCUUACAGCCCUUGAGUGCCCUUGUAUUGCAGGGUGCUUCCAGCAGGUUAUACAUGUGAAUUGUGGCUGCUCACACAUCAUCUCCCAACCACCAGCAAGUUUCCUUUUUUUUUUUUUUUUGAACUAGAAAUUGCUACUGAAAUUGCCUCUGAGUUUGCAAAGCAGCUUAAUAAACAAGAGCCCGGAGGUGCUGUUAAUAAAAUAAAAUAUAGAAGACUUAGAAGCUGCACUUUAUGCAUGGACCGUUAUUUAGAUUGCAGGCUAAAACUCUACCUGUUUCUAGUUCAGUCAUUACUGAUGUUAAAUACUGUUCUAGUACGCCUUUUAAAAUCCUCCUUAAAGUAGCUAAAAUGUGGUGAAAGCAGCAUUAGCUGGGACAGGGUCUCUUUAGAACUCCCAUAUCCAGACUUUCAAUUUAGGGUCUUCAACAAUUGAACAUUUUCUAAGAUAGGUGUAUCUGCAAAGCCAAAUAACUGUUGCAAAGUGAUGGGAAGAUUGUUUUUUCAAUGUUUGCAUUUAACUGAAUGAAGAAUAAAACCAACUGUAUGUUGGCCCCUUUUUCCCUGAGCCUUACUGUAAGUGUGGCUCUUGCAAGUAACUGAAAUGCUAGAGCAGGUCUCUUCGAUACUCCUUUAGACAGUGGCCCAAUAAAAUAGAUAGAUUAUUGCUCUCCCCCAAAAUCACUUAAAAAUGAAUGAACAUAGACUAAGUAGUUGACAUCAACUGAAGGACUGCACUUGUUCUGGGAUGCUGCUUAAACAUGUAAGAGUGAAGCAGGAUGAAGCAAUAUUGAAUUCAGAUUUUAAAGUGCAAUAGUUAAAGCGACCCUGAUCCUUGUAGAGUGGAUAACUCCCUAACAUAUCUCUCUCCCCCCCCCUAUAAUCUUGAUCCACUGUAUAAGUGGAAUGGAUUUAUAAAAAUGGGAAGGAAGUUCUUUUGUGUAAAAAAACUAACUUGUCUUAUGAAAUCAGCCCUGCCACUAAAAUCUUCAAUGAUCCUUGCCAUAAACCUGCCAACACCUACCUGGCAGUUUUAGGUUAUCUCAGUACAGUGAUCUCUGUGGGUUUCUCUGCCUUCCUUUUUAAUAUAAAGGCUAUCAGAACCACAUUUUCUAUUCUUCAAAUCUUAAAUCUGCAAAUUCAAAUGUUUAAAGUUGCAAACUCAAAUCUAGUCUGAGCCUCCUCCUUCAUCAGGAAGUAUAUUCUGACUAAAUCGAGCCACCCCGUUCUAUGUGCACUGUUCAGCCUUUUUCAGUUGCUUUGCAGCCCUUGCCCCUUGGCAGUGCCACUGAAGUGUGUUUUCCCCUAGAGUGACAUGGACGUUUGAGGCUUGACUAAGGAAAAAAAGGCAGUGAAGGAGACUGUACAUAAAGACAUGGCAAAAUAUUAAGUAUAGCAAUAUAGUUGUGCGUUCAAGGUGGGCAGUUCCAUCUAAAAUAUGUGAAUGAACCUGUGAAGCUGCAACUAAGAGAAGAACGGAGGAUCUUCUUAAUCAACCCACCUACCUUGUAGACAGUAAUUUGUACACUGUAUAGUUUUGUUAAAAAAGUUUUUUUUUAAGCACCCUUGUUUGUAAAGCUAAUUUUUAGCAAUUAUAAUGGAAAUGUGUGUCGUUUCCACUUUUAAAGUAAACAAGAAUAUUCCUUGUUUAGAAACUGGACUUGGGUUAAAACUCUCCAGUUUCUUAAUUUAUGUAUUAAAACAAAAACAAAAAAAAUCUGUCCAUGUUAGGAGAUAUUUUGCUAUGCUUGAAAAGCAUAGGUUACUAAUCCUUUUAAAAGAAAAUGUAAAUGGAGAAAAGUUAUAUUUUAUGAAGGUUAUUUUGUUGUAUUUAGUAUUGGAAAAGUUGGGUUUUGGAGCAUUUCAGAAUGUUGGAAGCACCACUGUCUUUUUUUAUUAGUAUAUAUGGCCUUUAGCAAAAAAAAUCUUGUGAUUGUUACAUGAUGGUAUUUAAGAGUAGGUUCACAGAGCAUUCAGGACAGACAGAAAACUAAAACAGUACUUAUAUCUCACAUAGCUGUGUCCUCAGGGAGCAGAAGUUUGGAUUUGCAACCAGGAGCUUCGUAAGGACUUAUUGAAUAAGAUUGCACAAGUUUAUGCUGAGCUUUGUCAGCGGAGUGUGUCCU